AUGUCCCAGGACUCAUACUACCUCGGAUUUGAUCUCUCGACGCAGCAGCUGAAAUGUCUCGCCAUUGAUCAGGACCUGAAAAUUGUCCAUUCGGAAACCGUCGAGUUCGAAAAGGACCUGCCCAACUACCGCACGAAGAAAGGCGUUUAUAUCCGCGGCGAUACCAUCGAAUGUCCCGUGGCAAUGUGGCUGGAGGCGCUAGACCUGGUUCUCUCGAAGUACUGCAAAGCAGGGUUUCCUCUCGAGAAAGUGGUAGCAGUUUCAGGAUCCUGCCAACAGCACGGGUCCGUCUACUGGUCCUCUCAGGCUGAAGCCUUGCUGAGCCAAUUGAACAAUGAAUCGGAAAAGGAUCUAGUGCACUACGUCGGGCCUGCCGCAUUUGCAAGACAGACCGCACCCAAUUGGCAAGACCACAGCACUGCCAAACAAUGCCAAGAGUUUGAGCAGUGUGUUGGCGGGCCUGAGAAUCUGGCUCAAUUGACCGGGUCUAGAGCCCAUUUCAGGUUCACGGGUCCUCAAAUUCUGAAGAUUGCUGAGUUGGAGCCAGAAACAUACAAAAAAACGAACACCAUUUCUCUAGUGUCCAGUUUCUUGACUUCUGUCUUAGUAGGCCAUCUAGUAGAAUUGGAAGAGGCUGACGCGUGUGGUAUGAAUCUUUAUGAUAUCCGUGAGAGAAAAUUCAACGAUGAGCUGCUCCACUUGAUUGGCGACUCAUGCAAGCAAAAGCUAAUGGGCGCCCCUAUGAAAGCUAUGAUUGCCGGCAAAAUUUGUAAAUAUUUUACCCAAAAAUACGGUUUUAGCGCAGACUGUAAGGUCUCCCCCAUGACUGGUGAUAAUCUAGCCACGAUAUGUUCAUUGCCCUUGCGGAAGGACGACGUGUUGGUCUCCCUCGGCACAAGCACUACCGUUCUCUUAGUCACUGACAAGUAUCAUCCCUCUCCGAAUUACCAUCUCUUUAUUCAUCCAACUCUACCAAACCACUAUAUGGGUAUGAUUUGUUACUGUAAUGGCUCUUUGGCAAGAGAGAAAAUAAGAGACCAGUUGAACAAAGAGCGGGCCAAUAAUGCGGAAAACGAUAACGAUUGGACGCUUUUCAAUCAAGCUGUGCUGGACGACUCAAAGGACGAUGACAAUGAACUAGGUGUAUACUUCCCUCUUGGAGAAAUCGUUCCCAGCGUCAAAGCCGUAGAUAAAAGGGUCCUUUUCAAUGCGAAAACAGGUAAGAUCGAACAAGUCGUGGGAAAAUUUGCGGAUUUGACACACGAUGCCAAGAACAUUGUAGAAUCACAAGCUUUGAGUUGCAGAGUAAGAAUCUCUCCUUUACUUUCGGAUUCAAACACAAAGUCGCAAAAAAACCUCGACGAAGACACGAUAGUUAAAUUCGACUACGACGAAUCUCCUUUACGUGAGUACUUGAAUAAAAGACCAGAAAGAACUUUCUUUGUGGGUGGAGCUUCCAAAAACGGUGCUAUUGUGAAGAAAUUCGCUCAAGUCAUCGGCGCUACGAAGGGUAAUUUCAGGUUAGACACACCAAACUCGUGUGCCCUUGGUGGCUGCUACAAGGCCAUGUGGUCAUUUUUGUACGAUUCAAACAAGAUUACAGUCCCAUUUGAUAAAUUCUUGAACGAUAAUUUCCCAUGGCAUGUAAUGGAGAACAUUUCCGAUAUAGAUAACGAGAGUUGGGACCGCUAUAAUACAAAGAUUGUCCCUCUGAGUGAAUUAGAAAAAACUCUCUCUUGA